UCAAACAGUUGUGUCAUCCUCCUACCGCCACCGCCACCGCCGCUGUACAAUAUAAAGUGUGUGCAUUUGGGGGUUGUUGAUGGUUGGUGCGAUGCGAUGCCGUCGUCGUCGUUGCCGAAGCCGAACUCGAUGGUUGGUGUGUGCUCUGUGUGUGCUUCCGUCAACGUGCCGUUUGGAGUCUCUGUUGGGUAUUCAAAUGGAUCUGACGAUUGAGUCGGCUCAAUAAGUUUAUAAGCUGUGGCCCAGCAACAACUUGCUCCCCAACAUUAUUUUUUUUUAACGAAUAUAUUUUUUUGCUGUUCAAAAAUAAAUAUAACGGGAAAAAAAACCUUUGCCCAUCAUGUUACCAAACGGUUCGCAGUCUUCGCUAGGUCGUUAGACGGUUUCGUCGUCGUGGUGCGUCGAUAUUAAAAAAAAAAACUUUUUCUCCCGGAAAAUUACAGAGAGUAAAAAUUCUAUAAAAAAAACAACACAACCGAUCGGAAACAUAAUAAUAAAGUUUCCAGUGUGACUUUCCAGUGAGUAAAUUUUAAUUUCCUGUUUGAUCCUGGAAAUCGGGAUUUAACAAAAAAAAAUCAAACAAAAAAAAAAAAGGACGAAACUCAUCGUGAAAUUGAGACUCGAAGGAGAGGAAAAUAUUAAAAUUGCUUGUUGAGGGGUGGUAUGUGGAUAAAGUUUAACCGCCAUGGAUCCCAGUGCUCUAGCAAAUAUGGACCGGGACGCAUUAAAGAAGCAAAUCGAGAAUAUGAAGUAUCAGGCAUCUAUGGAGAGAUGGCCACUAUCUAAGAGUAUUGCAGAGUAA